GGGCAUACUGGUUAUACUGUGGUUAUACUGUGGUGUGGCUACCUUGCAUCACUCUUGCAGUGUGGUGUGUGUUUUGUUGUGACACUGUGACGUUCCACAGAACCUGUUUCUCGGGGCGUUUGAAAAGGACUGAUGGAGGGUCCUACGAGAAAGAGAAUUCGACGCUCUCGGGAGGAAGAACCUGGAGCAUCUAACAGCAACGGCACAACGCGAAGCGACCAAAAUCCAUGCACUCGAAUAGACGAACUACACUUCUAUGGAAUAAGCAAAAUCUUUCAAUAUUUAAGUAUGAAAGACAUAAAGAGUGCCGCGGUGGCUUACAGCACAAUCCUGAAAAAUAGGCGUGGCACGUACACGCACAAAGCGGUGGACUUUAUCGGCAGUGUCAGAAGAUGCGAAAUAGUUCCGAAUGUAAAAAUGGGCGUAAAGACGCGGCAAAACAGUCUCUUGAAACGGUAUCAAGUAAAACGCCGGCGCGGCCGCUCACAGGUUUCUCCCUUUAGAAACGCGGGCGAACGUAGCGUGUGGACAUUCACUUUGCGCGACUCCGAGGAGGAUUUUAUUAACGUCACCGUGUGGGGCAGCACGGAAUUCAUGAAGAAAUUAUCGACCACGUUCAACAUCGGUUCCGUAGUGGAAGUGAUAAACGCGAAAAUCGUGAAACGCAAUGACGAGCAAUUUAUGCCGUCGACUUCCAGCCCCUUCGUCCUAAUUGUGAACGAAGGCGCGGCCCUGGUGCAAAAGCACGACGCGCCGACUAGCGAACAGUACAAGGCUCUACUGACGCGGCCUGUGAAAAGCGUGACUUCCGCGAAAAGCCUGAAAGCGAUUUUGGACAACAUCGAGGCUCUGUGCAAUCGCUUUGUCGACCUCUUGGUCGUCGUUACGUUUAUCGCUGACACUCGUAAUAUAAUAACGCGAGACGGACGAGCCAUAACGUGUCGCAAUUUCGAGGUCGCGGACGCAUCGACGGAUAAUACAGUGUCGUUGAUGCUGUGGGACAAGGACUGGAUCGAGAGAGCUGCAUUUUGGGAACCGAAGAAGACGGUACUGUUCCUGAUCGACGCUCGCAUCGCGUACGACGAGUACAAGAAGAAAACUACCUUGAGUAUCGCAAGACGAACGUUGAUCACGGAGUGUCUGGAUAUACCGCAAGCCGUGGAUAUUACGAACGCGGUACAGCAUUACGAUCCUGAUUCCGUAUGCAGCGACCCGUUUGCCGUGCCAAAUCCGGAUACUAUCACGACUGUUAUGACGGUGCAGCAAAUUUCGGAGAGAUUACAGAAGAAAACGACUACGGAGGAUGAGAGAUUACAAUUCGCAACGAUCGUGAGGGCCUCGAUAACCGAAAUGAACUUGGACAGUCCAGUCAAAGACAUAAUAUCUAUAAAAUGUGCUCUAUGUAAAAAGAUCGUCGCGGACACGCAGGACUCUUGUAUGAACUUAAGUUGCCCGUCAGGCAACGGGAUGCGGACGCCAUUAAACACUGUAAAGUUUAACGUAAAAAUAAAUUUGAAGGACGACACCGGAUAUCUCAUCGGAUGUCGUUUAACCGGCGACAUUGCGGAACGAGUUCUGGGCUGCACAGUUGAUGAAUUUCAGGCAAUGACAGCAGAAAAGCGCAACGAAUUGAAGUGGCUAUACCUGUUAGAGAAAUGCGACGUUCGUCUGCAUAUUCUCGGACCAACAUCUGCCUUUCCGCGUCCCUUAUAUAAUGUUUUAGCAAUUCAACGGGACAAGGAAACUGAACGAGCUAUUGAACAGAUUGCAGCUACACCCGUAUAUUAAAAGUUCUAUUUUCUCUCUAAUUUGAUACGAAUAAUUAGUCAUAAUUUUUCUUAAUAAUAGUUACUAGACAAGUUUUUUUAUUUUACGUCCACAUAAAAAUAUCAAAAGGAUAUAUUAUAAAUACGUUCUUUUUUUAACAGACUUAAUAAUUCUCAUUAUUCGUAUAUAAUGAAUUAAAUAACAGACGUACAUUAAGAAAAAGAUUGUAUAAAGUAAUUUUUUAAUUUGAAAUUUGUUCGACAAUAAAGAUAUGUUGUUUAAUUAACAAAAAA